CUUUGGAAGGGCAUAUUGGUCAAUUCGUCUCUGCCAUUGCUCCACGAGCUCGCUCAGAAAACUGGAAAAUCGAUUCACACACUGCGAUUUUCUCAAUCCAUCUUCCAACCGGAUGGAGACGACGAUGAAGCUGCCGCCGCCGGCGAAGUCUCAUCAGGUUCAUACAUUCACCUCUUCACUCUAUCCAAAGUCGGUGAACCAAUCGCCGGAAUUGGAUCUUCAGCAGACGCCAACUUCACGCAAGGAUUCUCGGCGGAGGAUCCGAAACCUUUCGUUGAUUAAGAGGAAACUGGCGCCGUCCGGCCGGAGGAGUCGGCCACAGACUCCGCUUCUGAAGUGGAAGGUCGAGGAGAGAGUCGAUGGUGGAGGUGAAGAGGACCAGGACGAGAAGAAGUCGGAAUCGGAGAACGGAGGAAAAGAUCUCCGGCAGGCGAGUGGGGAAAGAGAUGUGAUCGUAUCAGCAAGGAAACUCGCUGCUGGUUUUUGGCGGUUUCAGAAGCCGGAGGUUAGCGCUGAUGGAGGAAGGAAUGGUUUGAGACGCAAGCAGGAGCAGGGGAUCGGUUUUCAGCCUGUUGCUGGCCAUGUUCGGGUCCCAAUUCUCCGUCAUCACAAUAACAACAUAUUUAGUAAUGAAACAAGGGAUCUGUUACAGGGCCAACCCUCGUCUGGUAUGAGAAAUGGUGUUCUGUGCAAGCUUGAGCCGUUCUUUCAAUUCUCCAACUCAGUUAUGGAGGGAGCAACUAAGUGGGAUCCUGUUGGCUCGAAAAUUUCAGAUGAAAGGGGCCAUAUUUACAACCAAAGAGAGCUUCUUGACCAGCAAGUGAGCCUGGUUUCUGUUAUAUCUUCCCUUGAAGCCGAACUAAAGCAGGCACGAGUGCGCAUUUUGGAACUUGAAACUGAACGUCAUGUAUCGAAAAAGAAGCUUGAGAGCUUCUUGAGAAAGGUUGAUGAGGAAAAGGCUGUAUGGCGUAUGCGGGAACAUGAGAAAGUACGUGUAUUUAUAGAAAGCAUCAGAACGGAGUUGAACCAUGAAAGGAAAAAUCGACGAAGAGUAGAGCAUUUCAAUUCAAAACUGGUUCGUGAGCUGGCUGAUGCCAAGUCAUUGGUGAAACAGCUGAUGCAGGACUAUGAAGAAGAAAGGAAGGAAAGAGUAUUGAUUGAACAAGUGUGUGAAGAGCUUGCUAAAGAAAUUGGAGAUGACAAAGCAGAAAUAGAGGCGUCGAAGAGAGAAUCUGCCAGACUUAGAGAGGAAGUGGAAGGAGAGAGAAAGAUGUUGCAGUUGGCAGAAGUAUGGCGUGAAGAACGCGUUCAAAUGAAGCUGGUCGAUGCCAAAGUAGCUGUAGAAGAGAAAUACUCUCAGAUGAAUAGGCUUGUUGCAGAUCUUGAAAAUUUCCUAAGAUUAAGGGGAGCAAUCUCAGACAUUAAGGAGAUGAAAGAAGCUGUAAUACUCGGAAAGACUGCUUCUGCAGUGGACAUUCAAGACAUAAAGCAGUUAUCUUACCAACAUCCUAAACCAGACGAUAUUUUCUCCAUCUUUGAAGAAGUUAAUUUUGAUGAAAACCAUGAGAGGGAGGUUAAGCCAUAUGGUUCUUACAGUCCAGCUACCGAAAUCUCUAAAGUUGGAACAACGAGUCCUGAAGUAAACGUGGAUGCGGCUAAACGAGUGGAUGGCACUCUGAUUGCGUCACAUCCAUGCAUCAAUCAGAAUGGUGACAUAGACGAUGAGAGUGGAUGGGAAACAGUGAGCCAAGUUGAGGAUCAGGAUUCGAGUUCUUCACCGGAAGGAAGCAUGAUACCACCUGCUAAUAAGAAUUGUGGAAAAAGUAGCAGCACCUCAGGCUCAGGUAGUGUAACAGACUGGGAAGAAUACGGAGGAAAUGGUGAAACAACAAUCAACAUCAGUGAAGUCUACUCAGAACUUGUAAAGAAAUCAAAGAAAGUAUCAAACUUAACAAAGAAGCUUUGGAAAUCUGGCCAUCAUAAUGGAGGAGACAGCAACAAGAUGAUACCAGUAAAGGAGUCUCAUAGGAUAAUAACAUCAUCACCAGAAGCAGAAUCAGGGAAUGGUGGCUCUAGUCCAGAUUUUAUAGGUCAAUGGAGUUCCUUCGACUUAAGCGACGCUCAAAUAGCUCGACAGAGGAAAGUUCAGAUAAAUGUGAAGGAAAGCCAGAAGCUACAAUUGCGGCAUGUCCUUAAACAGAAGAUAUAGAGGCAGUGAGUGAUAGCUUCUUGAGAUUUGUGAUCCAACCAUCAAGCUGUAAUGCUAAUUUUACCUUUCUUGGCUGUCUAUGGCUUUGCAACUGGGAACGGAAACAAUGAUUGAGAGCAAGCCUGGACUAUUUUCCGCGGCUGUAAAGAUCGAUUUUCGUCAAGAAGGCAUCGCAAUGUUAUAUAUGUACUGUACUGUAAGAUUCAAACUAAUGAGGCUUGGAAGAUAAUUUCCGAAUUCUGCCUCUAUUUUCUCCAGAUGUAUCGAAUAUUCGACUUAUCAAUGAAAUAAUAACCUUCCAAACA